AUGGUGAUAAUGUUUCAAUUAAAAUUAAGGAUAACCACAAAAAAUAGUAAAAAAGUAGGAAAAAAUUUACUUGCUUGGAUUUUAUCUCCUAUUAAAGUAAAAGAAUUUUUUGAAAAUUUUUGGGAAAAAAAACCUUUAUACAUUAGUAGAAACAACAAUGAAUAUUAUAAUGAAUUGUGUUCAAUGAAUGCUUUUGAAAAAGCUUUAAGUGAAAAAGAUAUGUACUUUACUAAAAAUAUUGAUGUUACUUCUUACAUUGAUGGCCAGAGAUUUACAGAAAAUCUAGAUGGAAAAGCUACAGUUUCAAAUAUUUGGGAUUUUUUUAAUGAAGGGAAAAGCAUAAGGUUAUUGAAUCCACAAACUUUUAUACCAAAUGUUUGGCUUUUAAAUACUAACCUUCAGGAAUUUUUUAAUUGUUUUGUUGGAGCUAACAUGUACUUAACUCCAGCUGGAACUCAGGGUUUUGCACCUCAUUAUGAUGAUAUAGAAGCCUUCGUUCUUCAACUGGAGGGACAAAAGCACUGGAAAGUGUAUAAUCCUAGAGAUUCAAGUGAAGUAUUAGCGAGGGAAUCAUCAAAAAAUUUUAAAGAAGAUGAAAUUGGAAAACCAAUAUUAAAAGUAACAUUGAAACCAGGUGAUAUGUUAUAUUUUCCAAGAGGUUACAUUCAUCAAGCCAAAUGUUUACCUGAUACACAUUCUUUGCAUUUGACUGUAUCCUGCUAUCAAAAAAAUUCUUGGGCAGAUUUAUUCGAAAAAAUAUUUCCAGUAGCUUUACAAAAAGCAAUUUUCGAAGAUGUUGAAUUUAGAAAAGGAUUACCCAUCGGAUAUUUAAAUCAUAUGGGAAUGAUGUUUUCUGAAGAAAAUAAUGAAUUUAGACAAAAAUUCAUUCAAAAAUUUAACGAACUCGGUAGAAAAGUUUUAGAAAUGUGUCCAAUUGAUGCCGGUGUUGAUCAAUUGAGUACAAAUUUUAUUCACGAUGCAUUACCGCCAUGUUUGACUGAAGAUGAAAAAUUAUACGGGGGUGACCGAAACGUAAAACUUCCAGAUAAAAAUUUUUUACACAUUUUAAAAAAUACAUCAAAUACAAAUUUAGGAGUUAAAUUGAUCAGGGCCACGUCGGCGAGAUUGGUGUGCGAAGAAGAUGAAAUAUAUUUAUAUUACACAACAGAUAAUUCUCUUUCUUAUCACGAAACGGAAGUAAACCGUUGUCAAAUUUCCACGAGUUGGGCAGUCGCCGUAGAACAUUUGAUUCGAAAUUAUCCAAAUUUUGUAGAAAUGAAAGAUUUGCCUGUAAAUAAUAAUAAUAAUAAGGUUGGAAAUUGGAAAGAAAUAACAAAAUUUGUUUAUUUCCUAUGGCAAAAAGGAUUAAUUUUAUUUAAUAUGCCUUUAAGGGCAAUCAAUUGA